AUGGAGUAUUAUUCAUCAUUAGAUGCUUCACAAUUAGAUUCAGAAAGACCAACCUUAUUUGAAUUAAUAUCUGCAAAUCAAUUAGAAGCUUUAUUAUCACCAUCAUUAAGAUAUAUUCUAGUUCAUUAUGCAAGUAAAUAUCCGAGGUACCUUUUAAAACUAAACAACAAUUUUGAUGAAUUGAACUUAGUGCUAAGAAGUUUUAUUGAAUGGUACUUUUUAAAGUACUGGCAAGGAUCAUUCACUGAAAAUUUUUAUGGUUUGAAAAGGGUAAAUCAAACACCUUUAUCCCAAGGUGAUUUCAAUAGUGGGAAAUUAACACAAUUAGUACCAUCAAUGAUUGAAGAUAGAAGAGAAUUAACAAGUUUACAAAAAUUUAUAUCAUUGUUUGAGAUUACGGGUGUAGCAUUUUUAUCUGAAAAGAUGAAUUAUUGUUAUGAAGUUUGGUAUACAAAAUACAUCACUAACCAGCUAAACACCCAUGAAUCAUUAUCAAGGAAAGAAAACAUUAAAAUUCAAAUUAAAAGAAAAUUUAUUGAAAUAUAUCCUUAUGUUCAAAGUGGGUAUAGACUAGCAAAUUUUAUAACUACCUUACUAUACCUUAGUGGAUCUACAAAAUCACCAACAAUUUUGACAUACCUUUUCAAAAUGAAUUACUCAAGACUAAAUCAAUAUGAUUAUGAUAAAAAUGAACCAAAAGAUAAACUCAAAGAUUUCAAAAAGCCAAAUAAAAUCGCACCACCAACAACCAUUGAAUUUCUUUUAAAUUUCCUUAGCAAUAAAAUUACUCAUCCAUCAUGGAAACUAAUAAAAUUAAUAUUAGGUACUUUUUUCCCAGUUGCAAUAUUCACAUUAAAAUUUCUUGAAUGGUGGAAUAAUUCAAAUUUUUCAUCUAAGCUUUUAAAAAGUUCAGGUAAUUCACUUGAUUUUACUUUACCACCACCAUCAGCAUUAACAUUAUCAUUGAAAAAUUUAGGAAAAUCUAAAAAAUCCAUAAAGAAACCAUAUAAAUCUGGUAAAUUAUGUCCAUUAUGUAAAAAAGAAAUGACAAAUCCAGCAAUUAUUGAAACAGGUUAUGUUUUUGAUUAUUCUUGUAUAUAUAAUUACUUGGAAAAAUCUCACAUCAUAGUAUCUAAAAACAUAGAAGAAGUUGAAGAGAAGAAUGAAUAUUCAGAUGAUGAAGAAGAAGAAACUGAAAAAAUCACAGCUACAACAACAAUAGAUAUAAAUAAAGGUGGUAGAUGUCCAAUAACAGGUAGGAAAUUAUUAGGUUGUAAAUGGAAUCCAUUAACUGAACAAUGGCAAAUUGAAGGUAUUAGAAGAUUAAUAUUCUAA